GCCUAAGCGCAUGCUACCAUUGCCCAGUCGCUCGCCUGCAGAUCCAUGCACUAAUGCCAGCACAGGCCAACAACGCCCCGGAUCACGCCACCACAUCGCACUCAUCACACCAGGCCGACAAGAAACCGUGGUCAAUCAAGGCGCAAAGGCUUAAGGACGAACAGAUUCAGGCUUUCUGUCGGGAGUAUGCAAAGAGGAUUGCCACAGUUUUGACUCAGCAUACUGCUACAGAAGCUAUAAGGAAUACUAGGAAGGAGCACAUUGUCUGGCCAUCGCCAGAAGCACUGAUGGAAUUAUAUACAAAGCUAUUACGUGAAGAGGGCUCAAUAGAUCCCAAAAUUAGGGAAAUUCUUUCGGACAAGUCGUUUGUCGUGUCUAGUUUCACCACCAAUCUCGCAGAAAAACUGGAGCAGCAACUAGGCCACUCUCUUCAAUUAUCACAGCAGCGAGAACCCUGCGGCUGUGGCAUCGAUCAUAACGACCAUAUCUCUUUGGAUUUUCCGGAUGAUAGUUAUGAGGAUGAGCCGGACGAAGAGGAUUAUGAUGAUGAGGACGAGGACGAUGAGGAUGAGGACGACGAGGACGAAGAUGACGAAGACGACGAAGACUAUGAUGAUGACGAAUACGACGGGACCUACGAUGACUAUGAGUACUCGCGUCGCUAUGCAGCGGACGGAGUGGCGGCGAUCGCUUUGGAGGAAGAGAAACGACAGUUUGCAGCGAUACUCAAGCUGAGAAGUGACAAGAACCCGAUAGAUGAGGAUGCAUGGCGAAGAAAUCUCUACGAUGCGCAGAAGCGUAAACAAGAGGAGGAACGGAUACAACUUCUUCAAAGGUUGCGCCUCGAAGAUGAGCAACGCCGCAAACGGGAGUCGCAGGAGAAGCAGCGCAAGGAGAAAGUCGAGCUAGAGGCUCGUAGGAAGCGUGAAACAGCGGAAGCUGAUCAGGCUGCCCGUUCGUUCCUGUUUAAGAGUGCUUUGAAAGCCCAUGUGGACGUCGUAAAGAGGAUGGUUGAGAUAUCUCCAGCUGAAUUGGAGUCGAUGCCAGACAUCCCAAGGUUCCACUCGGCUUCAACAACACGCAUCACAGGAUGGGAGUCUAUGACUGCAAUGGAGGACAUUAGGCAUCCAGGCGAGGGACAAGGAAUGCAGGAGACGUUGUUGCAUGUGGCAGUCCGUGCCGGAUGUCUCGACCUUGUUGUUUUCUUCAUAACCAAAGGCAUUUCCCUGGAUGUUUAUGAUUCAGAAGGACGAAUGCCACUGCACACUGCUGCCGAAAGCAGCGCACCCUUAGAGAUAUGUAGGCUGUUGGUGGAGAAGGCGCCGUUCCUCGUCGAUAAAAGCAGCCUCAAAUCUGGGAAGACAGCACUUCAUUACGCUGCCCAGAGCGGCUGUGGUGACCUCGUAGCUAUGCUAUUACAGCACCAUGCUAGGAUCAGCAUCGCCGACGUCGAGGGAAAUACUCCAGAAAUGCUUGCUAAGGCUGGAUUGGAUCGCGAAAAAUCAUCCAAAGCAAAGGCCCAGAAAUACCGAGCUGUGCUACAACAUCUCCAAAAGGCAGUGGCAGCUAUCAAGGAAGCACAGAGACAGAAGGAUGCGUUCCUGGAGGAACUAAGAAGAAAGGAACUAGAGCUGAUGAGAGAGGAAGAAGAGAAAGAUAGGGCUGCUCGUCGGAAACAGGAAGAGAAGCUGGAGGCGGACCAGCGAAGGAGGGAGGAGGAAGAAAAGGAGCUGGCGCGUUUGAAGGCUUCGGCGGCCGGUCUCUACGGAAAUAACGGCGGCGGAGGUGGAGGCAAAAAGAAAAAGAAAAAGAAGGGCAAGGGCGGCAACGAUGCACAGAUGGCUGCUAAAGAGACAUCGUCCACCAGAACGCUCGCCGCGCCUGUCCAACCUAGCCCUGGCAAGUCUGGGUCGCCAUCUCCAAUCGGUUCUCCUGCAGCCAGCCAACCUUCAGCUUCGCCUGCAACUCAUUCAAUACAUGCAGUUAGGCAGUUGCCCAUUCAAUUGACCACCCACGCUGUUAUCUCACAUACCAUCUCGGCUAUACCAGCGCCUUCUACUUUGGGACCACUAUCGAAACCAUCGAUGUCUGGAACAGUAACAUUCUCAAAACCAUCAACCAUACCGCUAGCCCUUUCAAGGCUUCCCAAAGCCAAGACAAAUUAUCGCCCUUCACAAUUGGUGGUGACUAGAAUGGCGGAUAUGGGCUUUCCAGAGCGGGACGUCAGGAAGGCUCUGAUUCAAACGGAAGGGAGAUUUGAGGAGGCCAUCGAGCUGCUGACUAGCAGCGCGCCUCUCGCUGAUGAUUCAGAAGACGAGGCUGAACGUAUAGCAGAGGAGGCGACUCGGCGGAAAGCAAUGACCCAGGACACACCUCUUCUGGCGCCCACUCCAACGGAGACGAGGUCGUCCAACAUUGACCAGAUCUCUGCAAUGACAGUAACAGCAACUCAGUCAACUUCACCAGAGCUAACUUCUGUGGCAGCAGCAAUAACGAAAUCAGCAGACUCACAGCAAUCGCUUCUUGGUCUUCUCACUGGAUCUGAGCAUCAAAGCCCAAGCUCUAGUCCUGCCUCUAAGGGACCUUUUGACCACUCUAUACAAAUUCUACAGCGUCCACGCUCUAUGGCUCCUCAUGUGCAGAUGCGAUCCGUACCUACGCAGGUUCUACAGCGUCCUUCCUCGUAUAUUCAGGUAUCCCCUCCAGCCGCCUCAGGAAAACCUCAGCUAAGCCAAGAAUCAUCAGCUCCCUUUCAUACGCACUCGUCCGUGGCAGCCAAUACAUCUACCACCGCAGAACCCUUCCUUGCCCCGCUUGCAGCACCCCCUGUACCACCUACCCGAGCGCGCUAUCUGUACGGAUCAUCCUCUGUUCAGAGCCAAGGUCAGCCACCCACUGUUCCGCUUACACGCUCACUAUCUCCUGACGGCUGCCACUACAUUCCAAAACCAGCACAGGAGUCGCAGAUCCAGAUCAUGCCCGCCCUUGCGCAAAACAAUAGGGGCGGACAUGUACUGCAGAGAACUACGAGCAUGCGAGGCAAUGACGCGAAUCACCAUAGCAGUAUAUCCUCACAGUCACCCUACGCCAUCUAUGGAACAUCAGCAUCUGCCUCCACUGAAGCGUCGUGGGAGACACAACCAGGCGUUCAAAAUGCAUUCUUCGGCUUGUCACCAAUCCAGCGACCUACAUUCCCCGCCAAUGGUUUUAUCACUACCCAAGGCGACUUGUGGAGAGCAAUACCACAAUCCUGCCCCAGUCCUUCAAGGCCUUUCGAAGAUCUGUUGCGAACCAAUACAUCAGCGGGCUACAGGCGAGCGUCAUUUGAGAUACUGGCCGCCAGCACGGAUAGAAUGCUGCACCAAAGCCAGAUGGAUACCAUUCAUGCUAUGGAUGAUGCCGCAGAUGGAAGCAUGAUCAAGGAUGUCUUGGCUAUGACAGGAGCGAUUGACCUUAAUGAACUUGAGGAUACACUUUCGGAUUACUCUCUAACUGACACGACUGGAACUUCAUCACGACCUAAAGCGCAAUCCUCAGCGGCUGUAGGGGAGGGGAGGACUCAAGCUACCAAUGGCGCCCAUAACCCUGUGGCGAGUCUGUGGAAGUAUGGAUCGUUCACUCAGGACAUAUCUAGCAUGACACACUCAUGGUCCUUGUCAUCGUCGUCUCAGAAAAACUUUGAUGUGAAGACCGAUGCGGACCAAAUUUACCUCUCACACAGACAACGGAAUACUGGACUUGGACUCGGGCUUGAUCAGACAGUUCUUCAGACGUCAAAUAUGAGGAUGUCUUCGAACGAGUCCAGAUAGGGUUAGCAGUGGUGGACCCUCUAUGCACAUUGGCAACAACAGUAGCAUUUUUGACAAUGGCAGCAGCGCUCUCCCCGAGGGACUGAGCGGUAGACAGCUCUUUGGGUAUUCGGAUUCGACAUCCAAGGGUAGCGAUAACUUAUUCAGGGAAGAUUACAUCGAGGACCGCUCCGACGCAGGC